AUGGGCCGCCGCCGCACUCGUCUGAGGGUGCAUCAUGCACGCAAUCGCCUGCAUCAGUUUUUGGCGUUGUGGGUAAAGCAUCCCGCCACGAGAGCUGCUCAUUGGCAGAAGGCUUCACGCCAAUGGUUCAAGCCAGACUGCUUGAGCUGGAAGGAUAGUACCACAUAUAUCAAUACGAGACGCAAACGCCACGGCCAUGUGAGUUAUGAUGAACAUUGGGGGAGUUGCAAUCGUGAUGGGAAAGGUAGGAUUGGAUCUGAUUCGGCUGCUAAAUGAACAGGACCGGCGUUGACCUAUUCGAUUUGAGGAAUCUUCCGUAUCUCUUGCGACAGGGCCAAACUUUGGCUCGACGAAUGAUAUUGCCAUCGUGAAUCUUGAGAAGCUGUCGGCCCGUUACACUACUGUGUGGCUGAGUGGUUUUCCCAGCGGACGUCGGUGAUUACCACGCUGGAACCCCCCCCCCACAACUUGAGAGAGAGAUUUUGCGAAUUCAAGAACUCGGAGAGUCGCACGCGGCGAUACUACGGCUGAUGCGAACAUCCGCUUGGCCACCGAGUUGACGUACACAGACGACAGAUAGCGCGAUGGCUUUUCAAGACGGUCUGGAUACUGUUUGGCAAGCACGGCUUUGGGCAUGGGACUUUUCAUCUGGUACGCAUAUGAUAUUGCGUGAUUCCCCGUUCAUUGGUCAGUAGUACUUUUUUUUUCCCGUUCCCGACGGCGCCGUCGAUAAAGUUCUGGUCCGGUUAUUCUACUCCGGGUGCAAGCAUUAUUCAGGAUAGCCCGACAAUGACGACGAGUGCCGCAUCGGCCCGCGAGACGGCGAAAGGGGUCGGUUAUGGCAGCUAUUCGAUAUUGCUCUUUGGCCCCAACAGCCCACACACAACUCAGCCAAGAUGAGUAUCAUCAACAGCAAAUUUUGUGUGCUUCUUCUUUGCUUUGCUGCGGGCAAGGACGGAACCUUUCAUUUUCUGGAGGUGUCCAAUGGGCUGCCUGCGUCAUGGUCCAUCCUGGGUGGAUUGUCCACCACCCCCACUGCGGGUGACCCACUUUGAGGGGAACGGUAGGAGGGGUCUCUUUUUUUCUCAACAUCAGAUGGCGCGGAGGGGUAAGUUGAUCUGAUCUGUCCCGUCCCUGGGAGGGGGGGAGGGGCCAAGAUGCGGAGUUGUGGGUUUUGAUAGACGUAGUUGUGCGUGAUGAUGACGAAGAAGGUUGGAUCUCAUAUGCGCGGGGGAAAUUGGACUGUGGAGAUUUUUGCGGGCUGUGCUCUGUUUUGAAGGGCAGAAACUUGGAUUUUUAUCUGAUGAUGGGGGUUAAAGGUGCAGGUGAGUUGAGAUCGUGGGGAGGUUAUUGGCAAUCUAAUAGAGAGAGGUAGGGAUGAGGGAGGGAAUAAGAGGGAAAUUCUGGUGUUAGUUUGUUCGGAUGGAUGGAUAGAUGUGGGUUUUUUUUGUUGAGGGGAGUGGGAGUGAAGUUGGUAGGUAACACACAUACAUUGUGUUUGUGGAAUGAAUCGUGUGAACAUCACCAGGAGGUACUACCUGGGAGAGGGACUCGGGGGAGGAGAACUGGG